CAUAUUCUCCCAUCCACAGCAUCCGGUCGGAAUAAAGAUGGCAGCGCCCACGGGAGGCGGUGUGAGCAGUAACAGCUCCACGGUUUCUGAAAAAUCUCCUCUUGCUGACAAAUCAUUUGCUACUGUUGUAAGCAGAUUAAUAGGGGAAGAUAAACCAAAGACUUCUGAAUAUGUUCCACUACCUGUUUUGCCAGGUACUCUCCCAAAAUCAAAGGAAGAAUUGAUGGUUGCCAGGGCCUUUGAAAGCUGUGCAUUCAAGUCCACCUUGAGCUUAGUCAUGGGUUUUGGACUAGGAGCCAUGUUUGGAGUUUUUGCGGCAUCCAUUGAUCCUAUGAGCACAAUGACCACAGAAACCCCAUCAACACGUGUUUACUUAAGAGAAAUGAAAAACAGAUCAAUAUCAUAUGGGAAAAACUUUGCUGUCAUUGGCUGUAUGUUUGCAGGAACAGAAUGCCUUAUUGAAACAUAUCGUGGGCAAACUGGUCUUCUCAACGGGACAUUUGCUGGGGGACUAACUGGAGGUCUCAUUGGACUAAGAGCUGGUGUGAAAGCAGGUAUGUUUGGAGCUGUUGGAUUUGCUGUCUUCUCUACAGUAAUUGACUAUUAUUUCAGGCAUUCAUAACAAUGCCAGGCCACAUGAAACUGGGUUUCAGGAAUGAACAUUUGUGUUUAGACAAGCAACAUAGCAUGUUGCUGUGUUUUUCCAAUAAAAAGAGAAAGGAAUUUAUGGAAAAAGAUACUCAGUACAGUCAAACCUUGGUAAAAUUUAACGGUUCAAAAAGUAUUUGUUCUUGCAUUUUGUAAAAAGAAUAAAUCUCUGUGAAAAUAAUAUUUUUCCA